CGGGAUAAUGUCUUCAAAAGUUUUCGACGAGUUUUGGUAGAAUACAGAGAGCGUAAAUUCCCGAAGAGGUUGAUUUAACGGGACGGCGCGGAGGAGAGUGCAUUGUAACUUUGUAAACUGAGUUUACAAAGCGUUUCCACACAACUAUGGCGCUCAGAGCGAGAGCUUUAUACGACUUUAUCGCUGAAAAUCCCGGCGAGAUCUCUGUGACAGAGAGUGAACUCCUAACUCUGUGCAGUGAAGAGGUUGUCGAUGGUUGGUUGGAGGGCACGAACAGCAGAGGUGAGACGGGACUCUUCCCUGCAUCAUACGUGGAGAUUAUAACGACUGACACAUCACUACACGGUAACGGGACAUCCGCCAGUCAGGACUAUUACUGCCAAACUAGUCCUCAGAGGAGGGACACCUCAAACGAAUCGACUCCCACCCAUUCUGCUGUUUACCAGGGACAUCUUCAGCCACAGCGACACAGUUUUCAGACGAGCCAGGGAAGCGACGAGGAUUGGGACGAUGACUGGGAAGACAGCGUAACGACGGAUGAACACGGAGGAACACCUGAAAAACGCGGGAAUCAAGCGGGAUAUCCCAUUACAAGCACCUCAGCUUCUCGACGUGGUAGUGCACAACAGUCCAAAAGCACAGGAACAGUUGGGAAAAACCUCAAUAGGUUUUCAACCUUUGUAAAGUCAGGCGGUGAGGCGUUCGUUUUGGGUGAAGCUUCAGGUUUGGUCAGAGAUGGAGACAAAAUAAUUGUGGUUAUGGGCCAAUACGGUCCGGAAUGGCAAGAGAACCCGUAUCCAUUCACUUGCACUAUUGACGACCCUACAAAACAGACCAAAUUCAAAGGCAUGAAGAGCUAUAUGUCCUACGGACUCACGCCUAGUCAUACUCAAAGCCAGGUGAAUAGAAGAUACAAGCACUUUGACUGGCUUUAUGCGCGACUUGUAGAAAAAUUCCCUGUCAUUUCGGUUCCUCACUUGCCUGAAAAACAAGCCACGGGUCGAUUCGAAGAGGAUUUCAUUUCAAAGAGGAGAAAAGGUUUAAUAUGGUGGAUGAACCACAUGACAAGUCAUCCUAUUUUAUCUAAGUGUGACGUUUUCCAGCAUUUUCUUACCUGCAGCAGCAAUGACGAAAAAGCUUGGAAGCAAGGCAAGCGAAAGGCCGAGAAGGACGACUUAGUCGGUGCUAACUUCUUCCUCACUAUCUGUCCUCCAGCUUUACCGCUUGACUUACAAGAGGUGGAGAGCAACGUAGAUGGUUUCAAAACAUUCACCAAAAAAAUGGACGAAAACAUCAUACAGCUCAACGUCACUAUUAACGAAUUUGCCAGAAAGCAGAUCACUGGUUUUAAAAAGGAAUAUCAGAGAGUUGGACAGGCUUUCAGACUUCUAAGUCAGGCCUUUGAAUUCGACCAGAAAGUAUAUUCAGUGCCAUUAAACAAGGCCAUGGCGCACACUGGAGAAGUCUAUGAGACCAUUGGGGAUUUCUUUGCAGAGCAGCCCCGUCAGGAUUUGGAGCCAAUUUCCGAUCUUUUAGCGAUUUACCAGGGCCAUCUUGCAAACUUUCCAGACAUUAUCCAUGUUCAGAAAGGAGCCCUCACUAAGGCCAAGGAGAGCCAGAAACAUGGGGAGGAAAAAGAUGGCAUUGCAGGUGGAGGCAUCCACGACCGCUGCAACAUCAUCUCCUGCGCUACGCUAGCUGAGAUCCAGCACUUUCAUCGCGUACGUGUACGUGACUUCAAGGCACAGAUGCAGCAUUUCUUACAGCAGCAGAUCAUCUUCUUUCAGAAAAUCACAGGCAAGUUGGAGGAAGCCUUGGACAUGUAUGAUCAGGCUUAGGAUGUUACAUUCCCACAGUGUUGUGAGAGAACUGAAAUAAAACGAAUAAGCAGCCUUUUUAUUAUAGACUCAUGAAAGUACACUUACUGUCUUGUAGUAGUGUUUGGGGUGGCUUUGAGAACAAUAAAUGAUGACAAUGUGUGUCAGAAAUUGACAAUGGUCCUUAAAAUGUAGAAUACUAUAUAAUCUGUUUAUACAUAACAGUCAUAAUUGAUUUGAGUUGAAACCCUUGAAACAUAACCACAAUUUUAAGAUUACAUUUUAAUUACGUAUCCUGUACUGAGACGAUUCUGUCAAUGGACUCAUUCCAUGGACAUGGACCUGUGGUGAUGUUAAUUAAAGGCAUUUGUGUCUUCUGAACUGCCCUCUGAUUCCAAUGAAUUAUAAUACAGAUAUAAAGAUACAUUAUGCAUUUGAAUGUCUUAUUGUGUUGGUCUGUCAAGUACGGUUGUUUAUGAUCCUUGUCAGUCUCUGCAAGUUAUAUUUUAUUAACCUUUAUCUAAUUUGCUCUGAAGGAGAGCCCUGUGUCUGUUUUACAUUAAGAGCUUGCAAGAGAAAGACGAGACACAGUUUCUCAGCCCUGGAGGAGAAGUGCAAAGGAACAAUGACCUAGAAAACAUGGGCUGAACCCUCUUUAUCUAGAGGACAUUCCAGACGAGGCAGAGAGGAUCCCUCACGAAUGCAGCCCCACCCAGAGGAAGUCCGUCUCCCCAGCUGCCAAGAACAGCAGGCCACUGGGUCCAGAGGUUCGAAACCGUACAUGGAACGACGUCUGACUAGACAACUCAACUGCUUUCAAAUGCACAAACCCAU